ACAGUGUGAGCCUCAAACAUCCUAUUUAUUUGUAUCAUAUAAUCACCCAUGUCUUCUUUUAUUACAGAUGCCUAUACCGUAAAAAUCCUCAAAACCUCCUAUGCCAUCACUGAAGGAACUACCUUCACCAUUCCAUGUUCUGCAUCAUCAGCUGCAUCAGCUGCAACAGCUGCAACAGCGACAAGUUUCUCCUGGGAGCGUACCAUCGAUGGUCGAACCUUACCAAUCCGCAUUGAUGGUGCUCAUUUCUCUGGAGUUACCACUGGCUCUCCAUCUCUGAACAUCAUCCAAGCCUUUAUCACAGAUUCUGGAACUUACACCUGCGUUGCUUCUAACUCCGCUGGAACUGCAAGGACUUCAACACAGUUACCUGUUUCUGAACGUCAAACCAUCAUCCCACCUGUGUAUGUCCAGAGUAACACUACCCAUACACUGACCCGUCCAGCUGAUGACAAGGCCACUAAACUGACAUUGACAGAACCGGGAGGUAUCCCAUAUGUCACGGGUACCACUGUGGAGGCUGGUCUGAGUGGUAGUGUUAAACCCUGGUUAUCUUCCAGUCACACAGGAGGGAGUUAUACACUGACGUUUGCAAAGUUCCUGCCCAGUGACAUGGGGAUAUAUACAACUGAAGUGGACGGGAUUGUGGAUACACAGAUAGCCAUUGUACAAGGUUGACUCGUACGGUUAUGUUGCUCCCUGUGAUGCAACAAUUUCUGACACAGAAAAAGUAUUUUAUAAGAGUCAGUUGUAAAGGUUGUCAGUUGUGUAUCAUGUUGGUCAGCAGCAUUGUUUAAUAUGUGUUUAGUGUGAAUUGUCAUUAUUCCGUCCAUAAUUGUCUUGAGAAACUUGACCAUAUCUUAGAUGAGGUGUGUACGUAUAUUACGGUGAAGUACAAAAUGAUAUCUAAGAUUUGAUCAGAUACUGAUGAUAUGAUGUGUUUACCCACGCAUAGUUUUAGUGUUAGGGGAUAAAUAUAAAGUAUUACCAAUGCACAGCGCGCACUUUGUCUAUGCAAGUGUACAGAUACACUUUUGACUGCUACAAACUAAAAUAAUUGUAUCAAACGAUACAGUGUUUCUUGUUAAAAAUUCAAAGUUAUCCUAAAAUUUCAUUCCAUAUCCUUAAGUUUAGACAAACAGAUAGCCCGGACAAGCAAAGGUCAAUUGAGACGAUUCUUAUCCUUUUUUCUUGAAACCAGUUAAUCUAUAUGUAGGUCUAAUUGAAAAUAUUUUUUCUGAACAUUGUAUUCUUGAUCUUAUAUAAGUUUGUGAACACUUCUGAUGUGAAGACUGAUACAACCGUCCAUACUAUAAAAAUGGCAACUUUGUAUGAUAAGUACUGUAGAAUGUUUAAUGUCUAUGUAUCUUUGAAACUUUGUUAGAAGAUAAGACUCGUCUGUGAUGACGGUCUGUGUAUAUAUUACAAAACAAUGUGUAAAAAGUAGUGUUUGGAUAUUGAAAAAAGUACAAACAAUUAAAGAAAGUACAGUGUUUGAUUUUAUCAUAAAUUUGUUACUGUUCCGAGUUAAGGUUGAACGGGAUCUUCUGUAUUUGUAGUUGUAUGUAACUUAUUUAGGAAUUCAAGCACAUUUGCAAAAAAAUGUCUAUCACAACUGCGACACAUACUGUCCAAAAUUAAGUGUUUUAACAACAAAGUAAAGCAUUAUAAAAAUUCUGUUUACACAACCAAUAAGAGUUUCUAUGAGACGUUUCGAUGUCUAGUACGGUGUGAACACUGUCACAUUCAUCAGACAAAUGACCAGUGAAGCGUAUGCACAUUAAGGUGUAAAAUGUGUACGAGGUGUCCACAAAAUCGAUGUCGUUUCGGUGACGCUGUAAGCGAUUGUACAAUAUUUUUUUUAUGUAUGUACCGAAAUGUCUCGAGUCAUCGAAACAAGUCUUACUUAUCAACCUGAAGAAAAUGUUUAGAAACAAAGUGAAGCAGCAUUCAGAAGGAUUUUCCUGUGCUUUCUGUUGCAUUUUGACUACCUUUCUUGACCCUACCAAACAUCAGUUGAAAUUUCCCGUCAUACAUUCGACUUAAAAGAACGGUGAACGAUACGAUUAGAUCUGGAAGAAAAAACAGAAUAAUUUCAGUUCUUCAAAAUAUUCACCUGUCUUAUUUCUUGUGAAUUAUUGUAUUAAUCUUUAGCGUUUGAAAACGAAAUGUUAACAUUUUUUUGUAUAGAUUAUAUUAUUUAUUUUUGUCAUAUCAUAUGUUGUAUAUUUUCUUCUUAAAUGUGCACGUACAUUUUAUAUGAUUCUGUUGUUUAUAGAUAUUUUCUAUCGAAAUUAUCUAAUUUAAUGCAUAGAAAACGCAAAAUGUUGUGAGCCAUGCUGGAGGCAAAAAUAGUGAAAUUUCAAAAGUGCAGGAUAAAGUCAAACAAAUGUAAACAAGUAGAGGGGGAAACGAGAUCUGAAUUGAGUCAUUAAUGAAUUAUGUCCAGGAGAAACUUCGUAAUAGAGUAAAAUAUAAUUCAACCAGGUUUAAUUUAUGUAUUAUGACAUAUUGUCUUGAAUAAAAGAAGUAGCAUUCUAAAUAUUUGGUACCAUGUACUCGGUAAAUAAUGGAAUGACAUUGUGAAUUAGUGACGUCAUACCAUUUCUUUCUAAAGGCACUAUAUAUAUUUAAUUUGUAAGCUGUAUUGAUUUUAACAACUGUACUGUCAUGCUUUGUAAAUAUCUUUGCUUUCUUGCCUUAUACAUCAAAGAUGACCCUUCCGGUUGAUUACAUUCAUAUUUCUAAUUUAAUCACAUUAAAACAGACCAUGGUUUGUCAUCAGUAUAAAAAUUCCUCUGAUAUCAUAUUUGGUGGGUACAGUAUAGCAGAUUUUGUAUAAAAAGUCAGUCAGGUUUAUAAUAAACAAGCCGGAUACAGAUUUACAAGGAAAGGCUAUGUCAGAGUGAUGCUGAAUUAAGUCGAAUAUUACGCGACUGAAGGGAAAGUCCUUUAUAGUCAGUAAAUGAGACGCAAUUGAUUUCUUUCAACAUACGGUACUAUUUCGGCAGUUAGUUCAUACACCACAAAUACGUUGUUACAAGCAUGAUCAAUAGGUAUUCAAUAUAUAUAUAUAUAUAAAACAGCAUGACGACAUAUUAAUAAAAUUCAAUCAGACUGGAUUGCUUUUUGUCGGUGGUCGGUGUGUGGAACUUGCAGUGCCAUAUAUAUUGUACUGUAUAAUAGUAGCAAUACUCUCAAUGUUUUCUUUUGUUAAUUUUACACAUCUCUUCACUACUUUUGUAACGAUGUAUAUUAAAAUAUAAACUAAAUUUUGUUCAUAUUUGUAAAUAAUCAAUUAUGCAUAAAAAUAUAUCAAAUUUUAUUUUGUACAUUUGUGAAAAAAUAUGUGUAUAGUUAUGCAGUAACCCAUGGAAGAGUCUGGGGACAACGUUUUCGUGAUUAUGACGUCAGGUGUGAAAAAUCUCGGGGGGGGGACAAAUUUAAAAUACACAAGCAUUUGAAUUACUAUUCUUUUUGAAAUAAAGUUGGUUUUGAAUGGCCUUGUUAAAGUUCAUAGAAAAUAUAUAGUUUUAUAGCCUUUUGUGAUUCAUAGUUAUAUACACUUCGUUUAUUCCGGACAUUUUGCUUGAAACUUUCAAGAAAAAAAUACCAAUUCGUACAGUAACUAAUUGAAUAGGAUUUCUGAUUCAACCAGUUUGUCUGAAUAAAAAGAAAUGUCUAGGUGAAUAAAAAUGAAAUAUCUCUUGACAUUAAUGAAAUCGUAAGGAAGGUAUCUACAAAAUUAUUCUAAACUGGCAUCCGGAGUAACGAGGUUCCCUGAUAAAUGUAACGUAUAAACUGAUCAAAUAUUACUAUGUUAUAUCAUAAUGUUUUACAUACGUCAUAUGUUGUUAUAGCUUGAUUUUUGCAGCAAAUAUAUUAACAAGUGCCGAUACAGUUUUAAUAUGUAAUGCAAUUGUUUACGUUGUGAUUUAUUAUUUUUUUUAGAUUGCCCGCUACCAAAUAAGAAUUUAUAGAAAAAUGCUUUAGGAGAUGAAUGAAAAUAUGCUAGAAUAAUGGCAUCGAAUAUAAUAUUUUGUAAUUUUGAAAACAUUAGAAUGUUUUCUUGAGCAAUUAGGCAACUCCAAAAUUUGUAAAACAUGGUCAACUGAAACGGUUGAUGAGGUAUCCCUUGAUAGAGAAAACACGUGACGUUCUGAUAUUUUACAUUUUCAAUGUAAACAGAUGUUUUAUAUAUUCUAGAGAAGCUUCGUAGUUAUUGAUCUUAUCAGUUUAAUACAUUAUCAAAAUAUGAUAACUAAUUGUACAACUUUGUUUAACCAUUUGCUUUUUAGUGUGCUCGAUUGUUUUUAAUUGUUUCCCUAUUUACGUUAUGCAAACAUGCAAAACUGCACCAUGUCAGCACGAUUGGUAAUGAUACACGAAAGAAUGAUGAAAUGUUAGCUACGUCACAGUGUUAUUUUGUGACGUCAUUGAAUUUUAAGAAUUUAAAUAUAAUAAAUUGGAGGUAAAAGAAUAGGGGCCGUAUUCAUGAAACCCUUCUUAUGCUUAAGAUCAGAUUCUGGGCUCAAGCGGAGUUUUGUUGUUCUGUUGAUAAAUCAAUAGUACUGCAGAUUUUCCCCAUUAUUUUGAUCAUUUCAGGAGAGACUUAAAACAGAAUAAUGUGUUCCAUGUCUACACUACACUCUUUGACCGUGUCACUUGAUGUAAGUAAGCUACAAGGAGGUUGGUCUGAGCACAGAAUAUUUGUCUAAGCAUGAGAACGGUUAAAUGAUUAAAGAGCCAGGUUAUACCAAAAAGACGACUGUUUGGGAUUGUUUGUUCUCGUAUUAAACAAAACAUGGUGCAUAACUCUAAAUCUGUGAUCUUCAACGUCCUCUAGUCGUACUUGACUCUACGUCUUUAGUCACUAACUUUAGAAUGUACAUUAUACCAUUAUUUUAGCUGUUUUAUAGUGUCAUGUAUUUUACAUUUUUUAAAUUCUUUUAAAGAGAAUUGUAUUGAAAUUUAUCUGAAAUUAUGUUAUCUUUUCAGUCAUUUUGAGUAUCAUUUAACGCUACAGUUUCUGUGGUUGUGGUUUGAGUUUAAGGUUUAGUAAAAUAUUCUGAUUUUUUUAUCAAAUGUUCGACUUUUUAGUAAAAAAUAAACCACUUAAUUAUUGCUAUGAAAUUCAGGAUCAAAAUUGCUUUCUAUAUUUAUUUUCAACUGUUUUUACAUUUUGUGAACUAUAACCGAAUAAUGUAUUGCUACUUAAAGAUUUUAUUUUUCAUUUAUAGAUACAUACACAAAAACUUGUUAUUACGAAUUCUAUGACCACAGUUUCGAUAAUGUAAGGAUUUAAUUCGAAAUACGUUUUUUUUUUUUAAAUGCUGAGAUAUGCUUAAGCAUGUGGCUGUAAGACCUUUAUGGCUAUGUGCGAAGUUCCGUAUGUCAACUGAGAACAAUGAACACAUUUUUGAAAAAAAAUUGACUUUGGACCUACGAUUAAUUUAACGUUCAACAUCGUAAUAACGAAGUUUGACUGUAUUUGAUUUGGUUGUACUUUAAGGUGACACCCCUGUAUUAUAAGUGUAUAGUUUAUGGAUCGUUUUAUUGAAUACAGUAAUUGGUUUACAAUACUAUUUGAAUAAGUUAUGAUUUUAAAAAUUAAGGGUGGGAAACGCAGACGUUUUUUCAUUAAUCUUUAUUUUGAGUUCUUCAAACAUAAUUGUUAAAUAUACUGUCUUUUGUUUGCUUAACAAUGCACAUUUUUGAACCCCCAAAAAAUCGAGAUUUUCCCUCAAUCACUUGUAUUCUACAGUAAAGUUGUUUCCUCAGUAUUUUUGAUUUCGCCAAUUCAGAUUUCUACGAAAUAAGAUGUUUUAAAAUAAUCGCAAAUGUGAGGUAAUUUUCGGUUUCUAUAGUAUGAUAAAGAAUAUAUUCAGUGUCGCAUGCGUUAAUAAGAUAUGCCGUGUCAUACAGAAUGUGAUUCCAAGGUAAUUUAGCAUUAAACAAUGAAAACUUGAAUGCAAUCUAUCGGUCUAUUCUACGUUAACCUCAAAGCAAAAUGUUUGCUGCUAUCAUAAAAUAAAGUUUCUGCUAUGGGUGAGAUUUAAUAACAAUUUGGUUUUAUCCGUAUGGCUUUGACGAAGCGUGUUCCUAUUGAAUGUUUUUAUUCCUGUUUUUUUUAAACCGAUCCUUAUCUUUAACCGGUAUAUUGCUUAACAUAUUAAUUGAUGUAAAAGUUUGUGAUUACCACCUAGUAAAUUGAAAUAUACAUGGGUAUCAUCUUAUUUUAGAUUCAUUAGCUAGCAAUGUACCAGAUACUAUAUUUUAGCUAGGUAUCCUAUAUUUUAUACAUAUUUCUGUGUAGAUGUUUAUUAAAAAAAAAAUAAAGAUCAUUGAUCUCUA